CCCCCCCACUGUCUGUCUGCCUCUGCCUCCAUCCACCCCCUGCCCUGGGGGUGGUCACCAGUCCUGGGCACAGGGACAUGCCUGUCCUUUGCCACUGUGGUCCUGGAGGUGGUGGCCACUGGAUGCUGUGGGGUGCCAGUGCCUGAGCCAGGGGAGUGGUACUAUCUCCCAAGGGUGACAGGAGCCAUGUUGCCAUGGUGCUUGGUGCCACUUUGUCCUCUUGGGGCAAUAAAGGCGCAUAUUGCCUUGGGUGCAGAGUGCAGGCACGAUAGCAGCAGGGGACAGAAGCUCACCUUCAGGAGCAGGAUCCAGACGUGCCUCAGCCCUCCACCCAAAAAUGCCAAAGCCCUUGCAGCCCCUCUCGCUCCUGGUCCUGCUUGUCCUCGCUGCCACCACCCAGGGACAGACUGACACGGGCCCCAAGGUGCUGCAGCCAUGGCUCAUUGGCCUCACGGCCGUCGUCGUCUUCCUCUUCAUCGUCUUCUUGAUGCUGCUCGUGAACCGGCUCUGGAAUCUCAGGAGGCACAGGAAGGAGGACGACCAGCCGGAGACCCUGGCGGCUGACAGGCUGGGGCGCUCCGGCCACGUCAACCCGGCUGCGGACUUGGAUGAGCUGAGCGACGACAGGCAGCAGAGCAAGGCCACGUCCCUCUGAGUCCCGCCGUGCC